CAUGACGAUGUCACUUACAUUCUUUGCACUAUGGUUUUUCAUAAUUUACAGUGAAAUGCAAGAAAUGUUUACAUAUUCUCUUGUUUCGAAGUUUAAUGGAAGUGCGUUGCUAGAAGCACACACGUGCUCUGAGAAUUUCGUUGUCUUCGAGCUCAAGAAAAGUCUGAAUACUUUACACUGUUUUCUGAUUUGUCGCUCGUAUCCUUCAUGUUUUGGAGUGUUUUAUCAGCCGGAAGCACAAAAAUGUGUUGGAUGUUCAACUAAAGACGAGUCUGAGUUCUUGAUUACGUUAUCACCAUCACUGUAUUUUGAACGAGCUGAUAUGAGAGCAUGUUCAGAGUUUUCUUGCUACCUGCUUGUUCCCGAGGAACACACCUGGAGUGUCGCAAAGAACAACUGUGAACUACAUGGAGGUGUCUUAGUUAGUAUAACGUCGCAAGAAGAACAGGAUUUCCUGAAUGAUUUCCUUCUGUCGAAUGAUAACGUUCCUCCAAGAAGUUGGAUCGGUGGUUACAAAAAUGAAAGCGUGUUUGUCUGGCUUGAUGGAUCAUCUGUAGAGUAUGGGAACUGGAAGUCCGGAGAACCAAACGGAGAUGGACACUGCAUCGAAAUGUGGCACUUCGCAAACAACAUAUGGAAUGAUGCUGGGUGCAAUUAUCAGUUUGCCAGUAUUUGUGAAUUUAAAUAAAUCUUAAAUAAUGCCCCAACGAUAACGUGAUGUUUUCAAACAUAACUAUAAAUGGAUUAAAAUGAAACAUAUGGAAUUCAACAUUUUGGUAACUUGAUAAAUUGGAAAUAUUUCUAGUUUUCGCAGCAAUUACUGAUUAGCUCACAGAUAUAACAAAACACACUUUUUCUCCAUGUGGGUUCGAAACUCAGAGACGAAAAUCUAUUUUCUUUAUAUUUUUGCGUAGAAAUAUUUUGAUUCCUUCAAGUGUUUAUCAUUUUUGUAUGUGACGAUACGAGAAUUAUGUAGGUAUACUAGUAUAUAGCACAUGUGAAAGGUUUAGUGCAUAUCAAAAAUAAUAUUAGUUAAAUGCUUUUAAAUAUAUACAAACAUAUGGAAAGGGUGCGAAUAAUGAAAAUAUGUUAUAUGAAGAUAUAUAUGUCAAUACAAAUUAUGAAAAAAAAAGAAACAAAAAAAUAAGGUGACAAAAAGGAAAACGGAUGGGGAAAACAUGCAAAAAAUUCCUCAUGAGGAUUCGAGCACUAAAAACGAUUUUAUGAUUUGAUACUGGUACCAGCGUUUUAACCGAUUGCAUGAGCCGUUUUGCCAAUUAAAUAAAGGAAACACUGAUAUUUACUGGUCAAUAAGGCAGUAAUAAAUUAUAAAAUGCUGUUAUAUCGAUUAACACGAAGUUGACUCGUCCUAGCUUUUGUGCGGGAAUUACGUUAUCGUUGGGGAAUAGUAUUGUGUAUCUAAGAUGUUGGUUUGGGCUAAAAUUUCAGUCUUUUCAUCAGACUUUGAAGAUGUUACUUCAGAUUAACUACGCCGAUUGGAAUCUUCCUGACUACUUAAGACUUGCACUUCCUUUGUUAUAUGUAUACAUGUAAUACAGUAUUACCUCUCAUGUAGCAGGUUUUAACGACAUUUAAAUUCCCGCAGAGUUUACAUAACUAAAUGCAGAGUGACCUUCUACACAUAAUAAGUGUUUGCGUAUAGCCAAUAGUUUAGACACCUUUAUUCAGUAUGUUUCGGUAAAAUGUUUAGGACUGCGGGUACAACUGCACUUCAUGCACUGGCAUCUCUUUAAAUAAUAAGAUACAACUAAUUCCAAAAAGUUUUAUAGUAUAUUGGUCCAGAGUUAGUUAUAUAAGAUGUUUCCAUUGUUCAUUCAGUAACAUAACUCAGACUGCAUCAUCUGUGACAAUCAAAGAUUAUCGGUGAAUUUUAAUAUGUACAUUUUUGGUUCAGAUAUCUUCAGAUGACAACGAACUCAAGGUUUAUGGGGUAUAUCAUCAAAACACAAAAAUUUCAACAACCUACCUGUCAGUGACCAUUACGUGUUCUGCAGUACUGUCCUGUACGAUGGAUAUAUAAAGUAUUUUUAAAAAAAAUGAAAACGUUGUCCCCCUUUAGAAAUGAAUGUCAUUUAUAAAGAGAAAUAAAAAAAACAACAUUGCUGCAAACUACAUUCAACCUAGUUAUAUGAAAUUUGAAAUCAGCAAAUGCAUAAGAAACAUGUAACAGUUCUUUAAAAAUGGUGAGUUUUGAAAGAAGUUAACUGUUCAAAAGUGUGGUUCCUUUAUGCAGUUCUUUUCCGUAAUUCAAUGUAUAUAUCGGUGUACUGACAAUUGUGUAGCGACCAGUAA